AUGCUUACAGUUGAAGAGGGUUACAGAAGAAGGGAUGAAAAGAGGAAGGGUGGAAUAGAGGGAAAAACUGAUGACGGGAGGAACAGCGAGGAGAGGAACGGAGCAGCGAGGAGAGGAACGGAGCAGCGAGGAGAGGAACGGAGCAGCGAGGAGAGGAACGGAACAGCACCUUCUCACAGCACCUCCCUUCCCUCACAGCACCUCCCUUCCCUCACAGCACCUCCCUUCCCUCACAGCACCUCCCUUCCCUCACAGCACCUCCCUUCCCCCUCUCAUCUCACCUCCCAACCACAACCUCUCUUCCUCCUCCGUACUUACACACCUUUCCCCCUCCCCUCACCUACCUUCACCGGCCUUCUCUCCUCCCUACCCCUCCCUAAGCACAUCUUUUCCCCCUCUCACAUCACAUCCGUUACCCUUCUCAACACAUCCCCUCCCCCUCUGAACUCACCUCCCUUCCCCCACCCACAGCAUCUCCCUUCCCCCACCCACAGCAUCUCCCUUCCCCCUAUCACAGCUCCUCCCUUCCCCCUCUCACAGCUCCUACCUUCCCCCACCCACAGCAUCUCCCUUCCCCCACACACAGCAUCUCCCUUCCCCCUAUCACAGCUCCUCCCUUCCCCCUCUCACAGCUCCUCCCUUCCCCCACCCACAUCAUCUCACUUCCCCCUAUCACUGUACCUCCCUUCCCCCUCUCACAGCUCCUACCUUCCCCCACCCACAGCAUCUCCCUUCCCCCACCCACAGCAUCUCCCUUCCCCCUCUCACAACACAUCCCUUCCCCCUCUCACAGCACCUCCCUUCCCCCACCCACAUCAUCUCCCUUACCCCUCUCACAGCUCCUCACUUCCCACACACAGCAUCUCCAUUCCCCAUAUCACAGCUCGUCCCUUCCCCCUCUCACAGCUCCUCCCUUCCCCCACCCACAGCAGCUCCCUUCCCCCUCUCGCACCUCCUACCUUCCCCCUCUCGCUGCUCCUCCCUUCCCCGUUCCGCCUCUCAUUCCGCAUCUCAAGCCGCCUCUCCUUCCGCCUCUCAUUCCGCCCCUCCUUCCGCAUCUCACUCCGCCUCUCGCGUCGCCUCUCAUUCCGGGUUUCUUUCCGCCCCUCAUUACGCCUCUCAUUACGCCUCUCAUUACGCCUCUCAUUACGCCUAUCUAUUCGCCUCAUCCCGCCUCUCAAUCCGCCUCUCAUCCCGCCUCUCACGCCGCCUCUCGUUCCGCCUCUCGUUCCGCCUCUCAUUCCGCCUCUCGUUCCGCCUCUUUUUCCGCCUCUCAUUCCGCCUCACAUUCCGCCUCUCAUUCCGCCUAUAAUUCCGCCCCUGCUUCCGCACUUCACACCGCCUCUCACUCUCCGCGCUCCUCCCCAAACCUUCCGUGAUACCGACCGUGGUGUUAGCAUGGCGACCAGUAGGAUAGCACUACCUGCGACUGAAUUCCCCCUCCACGUGCCAGUGGGCGUCGGUGGGUACGGGGUGACGCUUGAGAUGAAGGACUACGAAGCCCUUCGCGACGAGAAGGCCGAGUUCACAGAACCUUGCUUCGACCUCGGCCUCGCGUACGAGCUCGAUCGUCUGGGAAAAGGCGACAGCAUGAUCCUGAUCCGCGGUGCGAGUCUUCGCGCCGCCAGGACGGCGUCGAAGGCGGACUAUCUGGUUUUCGGGUCGGCCUUCGGCUUCGAAGCCCUCGCCAUCCCCCUGUGCACCGGGGGCGGACCUCUUCCCGGCAGGCACUGCAGCGUCCUGCUUGUUGUGCGCCCUGGCGACCUGCUUUUGCCCGACGAGGAGGAGAUCGGGACGUUCUACCGCCACCUCGACCCCAAGACCUCCUCCAAGCGGCACGAGGAGGAGGCGGCCAACGUUAUGAGGUUUUUCGCCGAGUGCGCGAAGGCGGAGUUGAACCGUGAGGGAAGGCAGUGGACGGCUGCGCCUCCUUCCGCCGAAAUCCUCUCCGAACGUCUGGAGAGUCUUGCCGCCCCCAUCCGUGAUGUGAGUUUCCAACGUCCAUGUCGCCUUGUCGCCUGGGCUAUCGUCGUCGAGGCGUCGACUCACCCUUUUCGUCGUCGCCAUGUGCUUCGGAUGUUGAUGCAGAAAUUGCCCGACAUCCUCAAGGAGGAGGUCGCCGGCUCGGGGCUGUUGGCGGUCAACGCGUUCGCGUGGUCUUUGGAGCAUCUCGACGACGUGUUUCGCAGCUACGAUCCGCUCAUCGUCGAGAACCCGAAGAUGGUCGGCUUGAAGGCGCUCCGACUGGAGCUGCUGCACCACGCGGAGAAGGCCGCGUCGAACAGAGGGGAGGCGGCGUCGACCGUGGCCCGUGGCGUCGAAACCGGCAUCGCUAUGGGUGGGGAGGAGGAGCACGAGAGGGAGGACGUUGAGGGGGGCGGGGAGCACGACGGUGGCUCGGAAGAAGAGGAGGAGGACGUGGAGCGUGAGGAGGACGACGUGGUUGUCACCGGCGAAGAGGAGGCAGUGCAGUUCGCCGGUGAGAAGGUUGCGGAUAUGGGCGGCGGCAGCGGACCCAAGUUGGGCAAGAAGGCCCGGGGCAGCAGUGGCUCGACCCCGCCUAGGAUGGCGUCAAAGGCGGCUAUCGAGCGUCUGAAGGCGGCGGAGAGGGAGAUCAAGAAGCUGAGGGAGGAGAAGCUGGUGGCGGAAAAGAGGCUGGAGUUCCAAACGGCCCGGAAUGACACGAUUUACGGCGUGGUCACCUCGGCCGUGAACAAGCUCACUACAGUCGCCGAGGGCGUGACCCAUCUCGAGCAGACGUCGGGGAGGAGCAUCCAGCUGGCGGUGGACGCUGUGAGGGCGGUCGUGCAGGAGGCGGUGAGCUAUCGCGGCUCCACCCUCGAAUUCAUGAACACGCAGUGGCUGCCCACCGUGCAGGCCCUGCACUUGACAGCUACUGCUGCACAGGGUAGGCGACGGGAGGACGACCUCCUGCUGCUUCGAGGUGUGGCAGAUUCUCUCGGCCAGAACAUCAAAACAGUCGUGUCUGCCGAGGUGAAGGCCGCCAUGGAGGGCGAGGCGCAGCGGAUCGCCGCUGCCGUGACUGCGAAGGUCGUCCAAGAGCUUAGGGACGACCUGGUGAAGGCGGUCACCUCCGCGACCCAACAGGGCAUUGGCACCGCCGGGUUUAGCCUCCUCCCAACUGCUUUCGCGUCGGUGAUGCACGGCGGUCGCGCAACCGCCGAGGAGAGUGGGCCGGCCCCAAGGCAGUCGGGGAAAAGGGUCGCCGACGAAAAAUCCAUGACCGGCGACCAGACCAGCGGCUCUAAGCGAAGCAGAGGACCUGCGGUGAAACGCGGUGUGGGCGUGGAUCCUCCUGCCCCUCCGUAUGUUCGUAUCCCCGGCGUCCACGACUUGCUGAAAGAUGGACUUGGCGCGCGACCGAGCGAACAUUUUCGACAGGUCGACGUCGCGCUCAAGGAUCCUCAGUCGGUGGUCGGGAAGACCGGUGGGCAGCCCGUGGGGGACAAGCAGCCACAGGCCCCGACCGAUCCGCCGAGCGCACACGACGCGCCACCGAGCUGCGAGCAGGUGGUCGACCAAGGAGCAGAGGCAGCGAACGUCGCGGCGGCGACUGCAGGGCCGAGUGGGUCAACGGUGGAGGCGGCUGUGUGGAGAGCGGCGGAAGAGGCCGGCGGGGUGGACGAAGAGAUCCUCGCCAGCAUCGUGAUGCCGGACCCGGAAAUCGAGGUCAUGCGGGAGAAACUACAAGCAGCAGCUCCCACCGUGGGAGCGCAACAGGGUGCACCAGCCGCCUCGACUGCUCCUGCGGAGGACCAUAGCGCGGCUGGCGCCAAAUCUCCCCCGGCCACAACCGGUGAGGUCGGCGAUGGGAAGCAGAGGCGCAAGGGCAAGGACAAGGCGAAGGGCGGCCCGCCGAAGGUCGGCUCUUCCAAGGGGACGUCCAAAGCGGCCGCGCAGGGUCGGAAGGGUUCAGGCGUCCGCGUUGACCCUUCAACUGGGCUGGCCGUCUCGGAGAUGAAGUUAGGGAAAAAGAGCCGUUACAUCUGCCGGUCGAUGGACAAGUCCGAGGCCGCCUACUGCAUCGCUGUCGCCGUUUCGUCGUUCGACGGCUUCGUCAGCGACGUGGUUCUCGACGAGUUCGGUGGGGUCAAGGAGGAAGUGAUGGCGCAGUAUAAGGCGGACUGGAAUGUGGCGCGAUUGAUUCCGGGGGGCAUGUGGAUGGUCAUGUGGAGCCGAGGGGCGAACGUCUUCCGCGACAGGUUCCAACAGGUGGUCGCGGAAUACAACAGGAUAACCGGAGCCGACCGCGCAGCUCUCAUGUUGGCUCUUCGCCCGGCGGUGUGGUUCGGCGACCUUCCGGAGUCGACCGAGCCCGAGAAGGCCGCGAAGAAGAAGGUGGCGAGCGACAUGAUCGCACGCGUUUCGAUGUGUGCCGCCUUCGCACCGGUGGCCGCGAAAGUGUUGCCCAUUCCGGGCGUCGGGUCGGAGCGGUUGUCCGAGAUCCUCGCCGGUACUGCGGCCGCGGUGUGGUGUUUUUCGGAGACCAAUGCCACGGCGGAAGUAGCGGCCGGCGAAGGGGGGGCGGCAGCGACCGUGCGCGGAGCGUCCAACGAGUUCGCGAGUCGGUGUCGGACCGUCAUCGAGGCGGUGCUUAAGCGGGCGGCCUCCCGGGAGGUCGUCGUAGGGGAGGUCGCCGAAACGGUGACGAAGGACCUGCAGGCGGCUGUGCUGAGGUCGCUGCCUGAGGUCGGAGAGGAGCGCGAGCACGACGAGCUGAUCGCCCGUGUCAUGAUAGAGAACCUCGCCUUCUGGGGGGACUGCAAUGUCGGAGGCCCGAAGCUCAAGGCUCGCGGCGUCGAUUUGCCUAUCGACCCCCAGAUGAAGGUUAUCAUUCGGGACAGGGGGGCGAGGGGGCAGCAGCACAAAGGGAAGCAGGUCGCCGACGCCUAG